AUGGCAGUUGUGAGAAGCAUUCCAAAUGCCGGUGCACAGGCAUGGCUCCAAGUUCUGGGGGCCUUCUGUAUAUACUUCAACACUUGGGGACUGUUAUCCAGCUACGGAAGCUUUCAGGCAUACUACGAGACAGCCCUCCUGACGUCUAGCACUCAUUUUCAGGUGUCAACGAUCGGAUCUCUUCAAAGCUUUUUAUUGGUAUUCCUAGGAUUUCUCGCAGGCCCAGUCUACGAUGCAGGCUAUGCAAGAUAUCUUUUGCUGUCCGGAUCAUUUCUGAUUGUUGCUGGGACCAUUGCCCAAAGCUUUUCCAGUCAGCUGUGGCAUUUGAUUCUUGCCCAAGGUCUGUGCAUAGGCGUUGGGUGUGGCUGCCUUGCCAUCUUGAGUGUCGCCAUCCCAUCUCUCUGGUUUACAACAAAGUUACCUCUUGCGAAUGCUGUCGCGGCGAGCGGGAGUGGACUCGGCGGAGUGAUAUAUCCAAUAUUGAUCCGCAACUUGCUGCCUUCAGUUGGUUUUGGGUGGACCGUCCGAGCUAUUGGUCUCAUCAUCCUCGUUUUGCUGGGAACGGCAAACCUUGUCAUCCGUAUCCCAGAGUCGACUAAUCGCCGGCGGCGGUUCAUUGACUGUGCUUCUCUGACAGACUGGCCAUAUGUGCUUUUCGUGCUGGGCUGCUUCACAGUGUUUCUGGGCAUGUACACACCUUUCUUCUACGUGCAGAGCUAUGCGAUCGAGCUCGCUAUAACGUCCUCUGACGCGGCCUUCUACAUUGUGACGGCCAUGAACAUUGCUUCGAUUCCCGGGCGCAUCAUUCCUGGGCUGCUUGCUCAGCGGUUUGGAGCGUUGAGUAUGAUUGUCGGAACCAGUGCUGCGCUUGCAGCGUGCGGACUUGGACUGCUGGGUGCGAAGACGGCCGUGACUGUGUUUGCUGUUUCCGCUCUCUACGGCUUCUUCACGGGGUCCUUCUUCGCACUGCAGCCAACGAUCUUCGUGCAACUUACGCAAGACAUGAGGGUCCUGGGCACGCGCUUCGGAAUGGCGUUCACUGUCAUGUCCGUAGCGUUACUGUUUGGCUCACCAAUAAGCGGUGCGCUCCAGGAUAAACACGGGUACGGGGCAUCGUGGGCGUGGGUGGGAGCGACAAUUUUCACAGGAGGGGGGAUCAUUGGAGUGGCUAAAAUGCUUAAAAUGGUCUCAUGUAGUGAACCAUCACAUUGGCUGUCGUCAACGCAGUGUCACAGUAAGCUUGAUUUUGGAGAGUGA